AUGGGUGACCAGGAGGCUGAGCACAGCGUACCACAGGCACAGCUAGAGGAGAUCACCAGCAAAAUUUCAGAUCUAAACAAAUGGAGAGAAAUUUUUAGUUUCUGUGGUUUGGAAAGCAGCAAUACAACUCAUCAGCGGCAGGAUGAUGUCCCAUCUGCUCCUCUCUCUGCCCAGCGAGGCCAGGGCAGCGUUGGCCACGGACCACCUGGAGCUGGAGAGCCUGCGGGGCCACCGCCUCGCUCCCCCUCCACCCUCCCCAAGCCCCUCCUGCUCGCUGCAGACACAGGCGGCCAACCCAUCUCCUUGGAAAUGGCAAUGGGGCUGCGAAAGCUGCUGUUUGGAAACGUGUUCCACCUCUUCAGCUGCGAAUGGGCAAAAGCAUACUUCAGGUUUCGCGAGCCAUACUCGGACCUGGCUUAUGCUUUGGAGGCAGAAAAGGGAGGAACAAGAGCCAUUCUGAUGGCUGUACAAGCGCACAUCAUUAAGUAUCUGCUCUUUGUAAGAAACACGGAACAUGCCCACCUGGAAAGGCUGUGCAGGAUAAGCCGGCAGGAGCAAGGGGAGGCCCUGGCUGCAGCCCUGGCAGACCCCCUGUGGGCAGCGGGAGGAGGGGGGAGAGCCGUCAUCUGCCUCUUUGCCGCGGCCGUCCAUUUCAAAGAUGAAGGAAGUCAUGGAGUGAUCCUCUUUUUAUACAGUUUACUUUUCUCUAGGACACUGGAAAGGGUCCAAGAAGAUUUAAACUGCACAGCAACUCCUCUGUUAAAAUUCAGUUUUGGAAACAUCACCUGUACACAGGCCAUGCUCAGCCUCCUCCUAACUGGCCGAGCGAGCCCGCAGGAGCUCGAUGGUGGCCGCGGCCGUACCUGAUGUCCACACACCAGACACCAAGGCUUGGGGACAAAGACUGACUCUAACAAGGCUUCACCCCCCUCUCCCCAGGUGUCCCCCAGGCUGAGGACGCCCCGGCUGCCCAUCUGGCUGUGCAGCAUCACCGGGAGGCACAGCGUUCUCUUUGGCACCAACAGCCGGCUCCUCUCCGACUGGAAAAUGGAGAGAGUCUUCCACCUGUACUUCUACAGCGGGCAGCAGGAGCAGACAACAACAGCCUGCCUAACGAUAGACACUCAUUCGCAUCACUGGGAAGAGGGACGAAGUGAAGACCCUAGCAGCCCAGGGAAGAGGCGUCCCUCCGUGGAGAUGGCAAUCAGGACCAAGUGGGCAGGUGCGACUGUCAGCUGGAAUGGGACAGACCCCUUCUUCUGA